AUGGAGAUCCUUGGUGACCAUCCCGAGCAUGAAAUCGUUCUUGCCGUCUACACCUUAGGAAAGGAGGAUCUUCUUGUGGACAUAGCUCUAGCUCUUCAAACACGCGUAGUGGUCGGCCAAUCUCGGAUGAACAUGCUGCAACUGUUAGAGUUACGGGAUGUAUUCACAACCAAUGAAAACGAGGGGCGGGUGCGACUUGUCCGCAGACAAGCAAUCAGCAGGAAAAACAUGACUAAAUGGAAUGCAGAAGCCCCGACUAUUGCGAUCAUCCCUUCUGGACUCUUCUCAAUACUCGAUGGCAAGCCCUACGCUAACCAACAAGAUGUUUUUAUAGUUCCAUACUCUGAUCACUCGUCAUACCCCGAACUGCAGGAGUUUGUCUCAAGGGUGUGUCCACGCGCCAUCUACCCAAUUGUCAGAGAUUCAAAUUUAAUGAACUCAAAUUGCUCAGUCGCAGACAUGCACAACUUUGGUAAAUUUUUAGACCGGUCCCCCAUUAAGCAGUUUGAUAUUCCCCCGACAGUUCAACAUUACAUGUCUACUGAUUUGUCUAAUCCAACUUCGGUCGUUGGAUUUUGUAAGAAGUUCAUCAACUUGAAGAGAGUUAAGAGUAGCAAUCCAAGAUGCAAUCAUGCUAAGGGAGUUGUGUUUGAGGAUAAUCGUGAUGUAGAUGAAGAGACGGACGGAGAACCGAAGGAGGAGGCGACCAGAUCACCAAUCUCUCCAAGCAAGACUCAAUGUCAAGUUGAAAAGCAAGAACAGCAAGUCGAUGAAAAUGAAAACCACAGCAUCCUUAAAAUGUCUUCCUCUAAAGCCUUCAGAACAACUGAAAGUGUCAGCGAGCAAAAGGACGAAGGGUUGAAGAACUCUUUGGAGGAGGAGAGAUACACUGCUGUAGGGAUUGCUGGUAACUAUUUGCUAACGAAUGUUAGGGACGACAGGCUGGUAGAAUAA